AUGAAAACAUUAUUUACAACAUGUGAUGAAAAUGAUUAUGAUGUAAGAUUGCCUGUCGAGGAAAAUCUUAAUGAAUAUGUUAAAGUAUUAUAUUCUAUGACGGUUUGCCAAAUUAGCAAAUGUAAUACAUGCGAAAAAGAUUCAACCAUUUUAUCAGAAUAUUAUGAACUUAUUUUUCGUAGUCUUGGUCGACCGAUUAAUGAUAAAGAAAUUAAAGUAAAUCAAUUACUUGAACAUCAAAAUCAAAAUGCUAGUACACGUUUAAUAAUUGAUUAUCUUGAUUUAAUAAAACAAAUUAUUCAAUUACUUCGUUAUUCAAAUUUAUUUGAUUUUGAUCAAUUAUUAAUUUCAACCCAAAUUGGAUCUAUAGAAGAAAUUCGUGUUAGAAUUGAAUUAUUAGAAGAUUCUAUUCAACAUACUACAAGUUCCAGUAUUCUUGCUAAAUUUGCUCUAGCUCAACUUAUGGAUGAUAUUGAUUUUCGAAUAUUAACUUAUCUUGAACAACAAUUAAAACAACAGCACCCUGAUAUACAUGUUCGUCAAGCAAUUGUUUCGACUUUUGCUAAAUUUAUCAAAUCUCAACAAAUGAAAAAAUGUUUUGAAAGUAGCAUAAAUGAUUCAAAGAAUGAUAAAGAUUCAUCAACAACAUCAAAUACAGACAAAGUUAAAAAAGUUAAUCAUACACAAUUAGGUACUUUUGGAAAUUAUUCGAAUUAA